CCUGUCUUCAUCCUCUUACUCUGGUCUGACACUCUGAGGGGUCGUACUCAACUUAGAUUGAUACAUACAUGUAUGGAUGUCCUCGUGACCGCAAUAAAGGUGCGAGGUUAGAUCUUUUAUAAACUGUAACUACACACCCCAGGCUCACGCGGGCUUUUCACCAUGAAGUAUUUCACGCUCAUAAUAAUUUCUGUGACUGCACUGCCUGCUUGUAUGGAAGCGAUCCAUGGGAUAUACCCGUUUGGGCAACCCGAAUUAUUUCACAAGAAGAGCAACUGCAAACCUAUUCCGGUCAAUCUCCAACUGUGCCACGACAUAGAGUACACGGACAUGAGACUGCCGAACCUUCUUGGACACGAAACCAUGAAUGAAGUUCUCCAGCAAGCAUCGUCAUGGAUCCCGCUAGUGCAGAAGCAGUGCCAUCCGGACACUAGAAAGUUCCUUUGCUCUCUCUUCUCCCCGGUGUGUCUGGAUGAUGUGGACGAGCCCAUCCAACCUUGCAGAUCGCUGUGCGAGCGCGUAAGAAACGGAUGCGCGCCGGUUAUGUCCGCUUUUGGCUUCCCGUGGCCAGACAUGCUAGAUUGCGAUCGUUUCCCGCCGGAGAACGAUCUUUGUAUACCUCCAGCAAACUUCGACAGUUUUGAACCAGUCACUCAAGAAGUGCCCAGGGUGUGUGAACCUUGCCAGGAAAAAGAGGAGAACGACAAUGAAAUUGUUGACAACCUUUGCAAGAACGAUUUUGCGUUGAAGAUCAAAGUGAAGGAGAUCUCUUACAUGAACGGCGACACCAAAAUCAUACCCGAGAACAAAAUCAGGACGAUUUACAAGCUGAAGGGGGUGACGGAGCGGGACCUAAAGAAGACGGUGUUGUGGCUUAAGGACGGUUUUAAAUGCACCUGUGACGAGAUGAAUGACUUCAGCACCGCCUAUCUGGUGAUGGGCCAGAAGAUGGACGGACACCUGGUCAUCACCUCCGUCAAGAGAUGGCAGCCCGGCCAGAAAGAGUUCAAAAGGAUUUCGCGGAGCAUUCGCAAAAUGCAGUGUUAGUGCAUCACCAAGAUUCCCACACUCUCCAUCCCAGCAGUAUCUUAUCCAGUUUAUUAAACAAAUCCUACAAUAUCCAUGGUUAAAUAACCAGCUUCCACCUUUUUUUGUCGACUUCGCUAUUUCUCCAACACGGUUUUCCACGAAUAGAUUUCUAAUCUCAUGGAACACCUGCCUUAUUUUUUUAAAAUCUGUAUUUAAACCAAGUAUUCCCAGUUUUCCACCCAAAUACAUACUUAAGUUACAUUUUAAUCGUUUACGCAAUUUGCUUUUACUUUUUUGAGCCUCAAAACUGCACUGCUUUCAUAUGAAUCAAAUUACGGCGUCAAUGUUGAAUUCAUACGUCACAAUGUUAGUUGCAAUAUGAAGCACACAAUUACGUCUAAGUUCUUAUAGCUUUGCAGUAUGUUGUUUACAUUUCAAUUUAACAGCAGAACCAUGAUUGUUUGUGUUUAAUACUAUUCAGAAGACCGACAUGUCUUUCGGCCUUGUACCAUAAUUCUUAUGUAAAUAUUACGAUAAACAUUUUAUUCUUGUAAAUACCUAAAAUAGUUUUAGUCAGAACAUGUUUUUAUGAAGCUGAUGGACUAAAUUUAGACUAACAGCUGGAUGCAACCAAAGUGUCUCGUACACCUACACGGAUUUAUUUACACUUUUCGUGUAGUACAGCCUGUGAUGAUCAUGGUGCAGUUAAUCUAAAAACUUUGUACACAUCAGUAACCGUUUGUUUUUUUCUUAUAUUCUGCCUUUAAAGAAAAAUAAACGGCAAAUUAUGCACUCCCGUG